AGUAUUAUGGAACUGAAUGGCAACUGUACCGUUACAAGCGAGAGCGUUGAAGAUCUCAGUGAGUAUACUGAUGCAGAUGAGAGCAUUUCAGCACCGACUGAAAUACUUGCUGAGUUCCUCUCUGCAGUUAUGUUGAAAGACUACGAGACUGCUCUGAAGUAUUGUAAACUCAUUUUGCAGUAUGAACCGAAUCAUGUGACGGCUAAAGAGUUCUACCCACUGAUAUUGGAGAAACUGAUACAAGCUUCGGCAGAAGCAGGCGAAGGGAACUCCAACGAGGGUAGUGACUCGAGCGAUGAUGAGGAGGAGAGCGGAGAGAGAAGCGAUACGAGCAGUUCUAGCGGGGCUGAUGUAGAAUCGUGUGGUGAAGAGCGGGUCUCAUCAGAUUCUGAUGGUACUACCGCAAGUUAUUCCAGCUUGGAGGAUGAGGUAGCCCAGACCGCGGUCUGUAAGCUGCCUGACAAUUACCUACCGCCGACCUCGGAGAACGGAAACCCACCGGCCCCUCUCCAGACGGAUGACUCAGAAUCCCCGACGGAACCUGUCAGUCAGUUGACCAGCGCAUUUGCAUUACUGCGCUGA